GAAUGAAUGGACACAUUUCAAACACACACAGCAGCGCGUAUGGGAGUUACUCUUCACAAAUAAAUGGAUAUGGGUCACCAACAUUUGCACCAAGCGACCAGAGUUCGAAAACGAGCGCAAAAGCUUUGUACGAGCAAAGAAAGAAUUAUGCACGUGACAGCGCCAGCAGCAUCUCUGAAACGUCACAGUACCAUGUGGAGCACCUGACCACUUUCGUUUUGGAUCGGAAAGAGGCCAUGAUAACGGUAGACGAUGGGAUAAGGAAGCUGAAACUCCUCGAUGCCAAAGGCAAGGUGUGGACUCAAGAUAUGAUCCUCCAAGUGGAUGACAAAGCCGUCAGUCUGGUGGACUUAGAAUCCAAGAAUGAACUGGAGAAUUUCCCCCUGGGCACCAUUCAGCACUGCCAAGCUGUGGUGAACUCCUGCGGCUACGAUUCCAUCCUCGCCUUGGUGUGUAAAGAGCCAGCCCAGAGCAAAGCAGAUCUCCACCUUUUCCAGUGUGACGAGAUUAAGGCUAACUUUAUCCAUGAAGAUAUUGAAAGUGCGAUCAGCGACAGCAAAGGGGCGAAACCAAAGAGGAGACUCGAGACACUCAGGAUGAUUUCCAAGGCCGACAGCAGUAUCCCACCGCCCCCCAAGGCGCCGGCUCCCGUUCCCCCAGGUACUGUCACACAGGUGGACGUCCGAAGCCGGGUAGCGGCCUGGUCUGCUUGGGCGGCGGAACAAGGAGAUUAUGAAAAACCGAGACAGUUCCACGAACACGAAGAAACCGCUGAAAUGAUGACAGCCAGAAUCGACAGAGAUGUUCAAAUCCUAAACCACAUCUUGGACGAUAUCGAAUACUUUGUCACUAAACUUCAAAAAGCUGCCGAAGCGUUUGCUGAGCUUUCAAAGAGGAAGAAAACCAAGAAGAAUAAAAAGAAAGGUCCUGGCGAGGGUGUCUUAACUCUACGUGCAAAGCCUCCAGCUCCGGAUGAAUUUGUUGACUGUUUGCAAAAAUUUAAACAUGGCUUCAACCUUCUGGCUAAAUUAAAAUCCCACAUCCAGAAUCCCAGCGCUCCAGAACUGAUUCAUUUUCUGUUUACUCCGUUAAAUAUGGUGGUGCAAGCCACAGGAGGUCCAGAGCUUGCCAGUUCCAUCCUCAGCCCUCUGUUAACAAAAGAUACAAUAGAAUUCUUGCAUUAUACAGUCACAAGUGAAGAAGGACAGCUAUGGAUGUCGCUAGGGGACACGUGGACCAAAGCCAGGGCAGAGUGGCCCAAAGAACAGUUCAUCCCACCCUACAUGCCACGGUUCAGAAACGGCUGGGAGCCCCCUUUGCUGAGCUUCAUGGGGGCCCCGAAGGAGCAAGAGCUCAACCAGCUAGCAGAGUCUGUGGCCAACGUGGCGGAACAGCAGCGGAAGCAAGAGAUGAAACGGCUAUCAGCUGAGCAUUCCGGUAUCUCCGAUUAUCCUCCGUCUGAUGGGUAUGCAUUCAGUAACACAGCCUACAAAAGAGGGCCUCUGCAGGACCAGGGGGCAGCGGUAGCCGCUUUCAAACAAACUGUUAGCCGACAUGUAGAUAGAAAUUACGAAGCUCACGCGAAAGCCCAGACCAAGAAAUAUGCCAAAACCAAGUAUGACUUUGUGGCAAGAAAUCACAGUGAACUUUCGGUCAUGAAGGAUGACAUCUUAGAGAUCCUCGACGACCGAAAGCAAUGGUGGAAAGUCCAAAAUGCGAGUGGAGUUGCAGGAUUUGUGCCAAACAACAUCUUGGAACCUCUGAGAUCUCAGGAACCAGGCUGCACGGAACCGUCCUACGUGCACACUAUACAGAAACAAAGGACAGACUUUGUUCCAAAGCAGCCGGACUGCCCUCCUGCUGCUCCGUCACCACCUCAGACACCAGCUUCCGUCCCUCUGCCUCCGAGCAUGCCAGCGCCUAUCCCAGUCCCGGUGCCAAAGGUCCCCGGAGCCAUCAGCCGCCAGAGCAGCACUUCCAGCGACAGCGGACGAGAUUCCCAAAGGCAAAAACCACCACCCAUUGAUCGAAGGAAAUCACAAAUGGAAGAAGUUCAGGAUGAGCUCAUUCACCGGCUCACCAUUGGCCGGAGCGCUGCCCAAAAGAAGUUCCAUGUGCCACGCCCCAAUGCCCCAGUAGUCAAUAUCAACUACGACUCCUCUCCUGAAGACGUGAAAAUGUGGCUACAGGCCAAAGGCUUCAACCCAGUGACCGUCAACAGCCUGGGCGUUCUGACUGGCGCUCAGCUCUUCUCCCUCAACAAAGAGGAACUCAAAACGGUGUGUCCGGAAGGUGCUCGUGUCUACAGCCAAGUCACUGUUCAGAAAGCAGCACUGGAGGCUACCAGCGGAAGUUCAGAAUUGCAAGAGAUUAUGAGGAGGCGGCAGGAGAAGCUGAACGCCACAGCCACGGACUCAGGUGUCGAGUCUUUCGACGAGAGCAGCAGUCACUAA